AGAGCCACAGGCAGGAGACCCAGCAGAAUCCCUGGUCUCCAGGUCCCUACGCUUGUGACACCAGCCCCAGCCCAGUGGGGAGCAGACAGCCAUCAUGGCAAAGGAGGAAGAGGAUGAGAAGAAAGCAAAGAAAAAGAAGGGGAAGAAGGGGCAGGAGCCGGAGAAACCCAAACGGAGCCUCAAGGGGACGUCACGGUUGUUCAUGGGCUUCCGUGACCGCACGCCCAAGAUCUCCAAGAAGGGCCAAUUCCGGAGCGCAUCAGCCUUCUUCUGGGGCCUCCACACCGGCCCACAGAAGACCAAACGCAAGAAGAAGGCACGCACCGUGCUCAAGUCGACGUCGAAGCUCAUGACGCAGAUGCGCAUGGGCAAGAAGAAGCGCGCCAUGAAGGGCAAAAAGCCGUCCUUCAUGGUCAUCCGCUUCCCGGGCCGCCGGGGCUAUGGCCGCCUCCGGCCUCGCGCCCAGUCACUCAGCAAGGCGUCCACGGCCAUCAACUGGCUCACCAAGAAGUUCCUCAUCAAGAAGGCUGAGGAGUCUGGCAGCGAGCGGGCCACAGUGGACGCCUGGCUCAACCGCUCCGGCUCUCACAUAGGCUCCCGCAAGCUGCCCUUCCCAUCGGGUGCCGAGAUCCUGCGGCCUGGAGGCCGCCUGCGGAGGUUCCCCCGGAGUCACAGCAUCUACGCAUCUGGAGAGCCCGUGGGCUUCCUGCCCUUUGAGGACGAGGCCCCGUUCCGGCACGCAGGCUCCCGCAAGUCAUUGUAUGGGCUGGAGGGCUUCCAAGACCUGGGCGAGUACUACGACUACCACCGCGAGGGUGACGACUACUACGACCAGCAGUCCUUCUACCAGUAUGAGGAGGAGCAGGAGCCCCACCUGGCUGCCUACGGCCCUUAUGGCCCUUACACCUCUUACGGCUCUUACAACCCAGCCUGGCCGCCCUAUGGAGACAACCCUCAUGGGUACCCACUGGAGGACCCCUACGACUACUACCACCUGGACUAUUACGGUGGCUCUUACUACCCCACAUCUGCCUAUGGCUACAGCUAUGGCUACGACGAUUAUGAGCCCCCCUAUGCUCCCCCAGGGGGAUAUGUGUCUCCCUACAGCUACUACGAUAGUUAUGAGGGCGAGCCAUACACCCACAGCUACUACCUGGACCCCUUUGCCCCUUACGAUGGGCCAUACCUGCCCUACGACCUCCCGUACGGUGUGCCUGCCUUUGAUCCCUACAGCGUGCCCUACAGUGCUCCCUACAGCGACCUCUACCCUGAAGGCAUCUAUGGUGGUGGGGCCCAGGCUAUAUACCCCCCAGAAGUGCCCUAUCUUUAUCCAGAGGAGUCGGCCUUCGCAUACCCAUGGGUGCCACCACCCAUCCUAUCACCCCAUAACCCUUACGCCCACCCCAUGGAUGACAUCGCAGAGCUGGAGGAGCUGGAGGAGCCGGAGGAGGCGGUGGCAGAACGUCAGGGCACCUCCUUCCGCCUGCCCAGUGCCACCUUCUUCGAACAGCAAGGCAUGGACAAGCCGGCCAGGUCCAAGCUCUCCCUCAUCCGCAGGUUCCGCCUCUUCCCGCGGCCCCAGGUGAAGCUGUUUGGGAAGGAGAAGCUGGAGGUGCCCCUGCCCCCCUCCUUGGACAUCCCUCUGCCCUUGGGGGAUGAGGAGGAGGAGGAGGAGGAGGAAGAGGUUCCCCCAGUACACACCGGACCCUAUGCCUACCCCUUCUGGGGCUUCCUUACGCCGCGCCAGCGCAACCUCCAGCGGGCCCUGUCGGCCUUCCAAGCGCACCGAGCCCACCGCGGCCUGGGCUUCAGCCCUGAGUUCGGCCAGCCCUCGCCUCGCCCGGCCACCUCGCUUGCACGCUUUCUGAAAAAGACGCUGUCGGAAAAGAAGCCCGUCUCGCGGCUCAGGGGCAGCCAAAAGGCCCGGCGGGGAGCCCCCGCAGUUAGGGAGGCCGCCUACAAGCGCUUCGGCUACAAGCUGGCCGGCAUGGACCCCGACCGGCCCAGCACACCCAUAGUGUUGCGGAGGGCCCAGGCGCGGGCGCGCAACAACAAUAACUCACACGGCCUGCCCGCGCCCCCGCCAGCUCCCGCGCCUGUGCCCGCGCCGCCUGCCCACUGGAGCGCGCUGCUCUCCCCGCCAGCCGCGCGGCGGACCCCCAGCCCCGGACCCCUGCCCUCCAGCCCCUUCUCCCCAGCUCUCUCGGGCCUACCCCGGCUGGCCUCGCCCUAUGGCUCGCUCCGCCAACACCCACCGCCUUGGGCCGCACCAGCCCACGUGCCGCCACACGGCUCGCUCCGCCGCCACCCGCCGCCCUGGGCCGCGCCGGCCCACGUGCCGCUGACACCGCAGGCUGGCUGGUGGGCCUUCGUGGAGCCCCCUCCCGUGAGCCCCGAGGUGCCUCUCGACCUGCUGGCCAUUUCUGGACCCCGGCCCUCCUUCCAGGGCUCCCGCCGGCGGCGAGGGGCAUCCUUCAGCUUCCCCAGGACCUCCCCGCCAACAUCUCGGAGGCAUGCCUGGCCGCCCCUGCCUUCCCCCCAGCCCUCUCUGAGAAGUCUGCCCGGCCUGGGCUACCGAUCCCCCUUGGGUCCUGCAUCCCCUCAGCCUUCCAUGCGGGCUGGCCCCUUCCAGCCCACCUUCUCGCCCCUGCCCCGCCGCCCCAGGUCCCUGCGGGAGCCCCUGUCCCCACACCGUGUCUCUGGGCGGGUGGGUGGCCCACAGUCCCCCUUGCCUUCUCCUCUACUGGGUGCCAGCCGGCGACACUAUUCACUCAACCUGUCCUCUCGCCUCCCACACAUGUGGCGCCGCCGCAGCGAGCCGCCCACCAGAGCAGUGAAACCCAGGAUGCGCCAGUCCUUCCAGGGGCCUCUCAGUCCUAGGCCUUGGCCUGCACCAGUGGCUGUGGCUGCGGCUGCCCCCGAGCUCCGGGAAAGCCAGCAGGAAUCAGAGGACUCAGAAGUGCCCUGGACAAUGCCCCCACUGGCCCCCAGCUGGGACGUGGACAUGCCUCCCAUUCAGCGCCCAUCCUCACCCUGGCCAGGACGUGCCUUUUCCAGGCCACCUCCAAUACCGGAAAACCCCUCUCUCCAGCAAGUCAGCCCUGUGCUGUCACCUGACCCCCAGCUGGAGAACAGUGACUUCACCACUGUCCUCCUGAGUAGACACCAUGAUCCGGGGCCUGGAGAGCUGGCCAAAUCGGCCAGCCCCAACCCUGGGAAGCCCAAGGAAGAGGCCCCUGCUGGGGACCCAAAGCCACCAGCAGAGCCCGAGCCCCUGACCCCAAAGCCCCCCAAGGAUUCCUCCCUAGAGAAGAAGGUGUUAAGGCUCAGCCUCUCCCACCCUCUGGCCAAAUGUGACCUAAUGAGGGCUACGUGGCCACCAUGGCGCCGCUGGGGAACGCUGCCCAGUGCAUCUGCCCCCUUGCAGCCCACUCGUGCCAUGGGGCCCCUGCCCAAGGCAGGUGAGCUGCGCCAGGCAGGUCCUGGGCGUUUUGCCAUAGUCAUGCCUCAAGUGCAAAAGUCGAGCUCUUUCCAGCAAGUUGGUCCUGACACCCCACAGCCUUCCAUCCAGCUGACUGAGGACCCAGAGCCCAGCCCCAAGCCAAGAGCCUGGAGUCUGCUGUGGUCCUGCCUCUGGCUGCCAGCGAAGACCCACCGACCCUGGCCACAGGCACACACCCACUCCCCAUCCUGCCGCCAGGGCCCUGAAGCUGCCUGUCCACCCCACGGGGGCCCCUGGGAAGAGGCUGGCCCAAAAAGCUGGUGGAACAAGAUGCAUUCCAUCCGAAACCUGCCAUCCACGCGGAUCCUCGGGCAGCAGCAGGAAGACGGUGUGGAGGACAUGACACAGCUGGAAGACCUCCAGGAGACCUCCGUGCUAUCCAACCUCAAGACCAGAUUUGAGCAGAACCUCAUUUAUACGUACAUCGGCAGCAUCCUGGUGUCAGUGAACCCAUACCGGAUGUUCGGAAUCUACGGGCUGGAGCAGGUGCAGCAGUACAGCGGGCGGGGCCUGGGAGAGAACCCGCCGCAUCUCUUUGCAAUUGCGAACCUUGCCUUCGCCAAAAUGCUCGAUGCCAAACAGAACCAGUGCAUAAUCAUCAGUGGAGAGAGCGGCUCUGGAAAAACUGAGGCCACCAAGCUGAUUCUGCGCUACCUGGCCACCAUAAACCAAAAACGGGGUAUCAUGCAGCAGAUAAAGAUCCUAGAGGCCACGCCCCUCUUGGAGUCCUUCGGCAAUGCCAAAACCGUCAGGAAUGACAACUCCAGCCGCUUUGGGAAGUUUGUGGAGAUCUUUCUGGAGGGGGGCGUGAUCGCCGGUGCCAUAACCUCCCAGUACCUGCUUGAGAAAUCCAGGAUUGUGUUCCAGGCCAAAAACGAGAGGAACUACCACAUCUUCUACGAGCUGUUGGCUGGGCUGCCUGCACAGCUCCGGCAGGCCUUCAGCCUACAGGAGGCUGAGACCUACUACUACCUGAACCAGGGCGGGAAUUGUGAGAUUUCAGGGAAGAGCGAUGCGGACGACUUCCGCCGGCUCCUGGCUGCCAUGGAGGCCCUGGGCUUCAGCGGGGAGGACCAGGACAGCAUCUUCCGAAUCCUGGCCUCCAUCCUGCACCUGGGCAAUGUCUACUUUGAGAAGUAUGAGACAGACGCACAGGAGGUGGCCUCGGUAGUGAGCGCCCGGGAAAUCCAGGCUGUGGCGGAGCUGCUGCAGAUCUCCCCUGAGGGCCUGCAGAAGGCCAUCACCUUCAAAGUGACAGAGACAAUACGGGAGAAGAUCUUCACCCCCCUGACUGUGGAAAGUGCCGUGGAUGCCAGGGAUGCCAUCGCCAAGGUCUUGUACGCACUGCUGUUUGGAUGGCUCAUUACCAGGGUCAACGCACUGGUGUCCCCACAGCAGGACACGCUGUCCAUCGCCAUCUUGGAUAUCUAUGGCUUUGAGGACCUGAGCUUCAACAGCUUCGAGCAGCUGUGCAUCAACUAUGCAAACGAGAACCUUCAGUACCUUUUCAACAAGAUCGUCUUCCAGGAGGAACAGGAGGAGUAUGUCCGUGAACAGAUCAACUGGCGGGAGAUCACUUUCGCUGACAAUCAGCCCUGCAUCAACCUCAUCUCUCUGAAGCCUUACGGCAUCCUGCGCAUCCUUGAUGACCAGUGUUGCUUUCCCCAGGCCACAGACCACACGUUCCUGCAGAAGUGCCACUACCACCAUGGCGCCAACCCGCUCUACUCCAAGCCCAAGAUGCCACUGCCUGAGUUCACCAUCAAGCACUACGCUGGCAAAGUCACCUACCAGGUGCACAAGUUCCUGGACAAGAAUCACGACCAGGUGCGCCAGGAUGUGCUGGACCUGUUCAUUCGAAGCCGGACACGAGUGGUGGCCCACCUCUUCUCCAGCCAUGUCCCGCAGGCCACCCCUCAACGCCUGGGCAAGAGUAGCUCCGUCACCCGGCUCUACAAGGCUCACACAGUGGCAGCUAAGUUCCAGCAGUCACUCCUGGAUCUGGUGGAAAAGAUGGAGAGGUGUAACCCCUUGUUUGUGCGCUGCCUGAAGCCCAAUCACAAGAAGGAACCAGGCCUCUUUGAGACCGAUGUCGUAAUGGCACAGUUACGCUAUUCGGGGGUGCUAGAGACUGUGCGGAUCCGCAAGGAGGGCUUUCCAGUGCGGUUGCCUUUCCAGGUGUUCAUCGACAGGUACCGCUGUCUAGUGCCCGUCGAGCACAAACUGCCAGCCAGUGGGGACAUGUGUGUGUCGGUGCUGAGCCGCCUGUGCACAGUCAUGCCAAAUAUGUACCGUGUUGGCAUCAGCAAGCUCUUCCUUAAGGAACACCUGCACCAGCUGUUGGAGAGCAUGAGGGGGCAUGUCCUGAAUCUGGCAGCCCUCACCCUGCAGCGCUGCCUUCGUGGCUUUUUCAUCAAACGGCGUUUCUGCUCCUUGCGCCAGAAGAUCAUCAAGCUGCAAAGUCGAGCCCGAGGCUACCUGGCCAGGCAGCGGUAUCAACAGAUGAGAAAGAGUCUGGUGAAGUUCCAGUCCCUCGUGAGCACCUACGUGAGCCACCGGCGACUCCUCAAGCUAAGGGCAGAGCGGAGGCUCCGGGUGGAGCAGGUGCGCCAACGGGAGCAGGAGGAGCUGAGCAAGAGGGAGGUGGUAGCUGUGGGACACCUGGAGGUGCCGGCAGAGCUGGCUGGGCUCUUACAAGCAGUAGCAGGCCUCAGGCCAGCCCAGGUACCCCCGGUGGCCCCUGUGAGGACUCCACGGCUCCAGGCUGAGCCCCGUGUCACACUGCCCCUGGAUAUCAACAACUACCCCAUGGCCAAGUUUGUCCGGUGCCACUUCAAGGAGCCUGCCUUUGGGAUGCUGACUGUGCCCCUGAGGAUGCCCCUCACUGAGCUGCCAGUAGAGUACCAUGCAGAAGCUGUGAGCAUCUUUAAGCUGAUCCUGCGUUUCAUGGGCGACCCCCACCUGCAUGAUGCCCAAGAGAACGUCUUCGGGAACUACAUUGUGCAGAAAGGUCUAGCAGUGCCCGAGCUGCGGGAUGAGAUCCUUGCACAACUGGCCAACCAGGUGUGGCACAACCCCAAUGCCUACAACGCCGAGCGGGGCUGGCUCUUGCUGGCUGCCUGCCUCAGCAGCUUUGUACCAUCCUCACGCCUCAACAAGUACCUGCUCAAGUUCGUGUCUGACCACGGGCGGAACGGCUUCCAGGCAGUGUGCCAGCAGCGGCUCAUGCAGGCCAUGGGCCGGGUGCAGCACCAGGGUCCCAGGGCUGCACGGACCUUCCCUCCCACCCAACUCGAGUGGGCCGCAGCCCAGGAGAAGGCCAGCAUGGCUUUGGAAGUGGCCUGCUUCAAUGGUGACCAGUUCUCCUGCCCAGUACACUCCUGGAGCACAGGGGAAGAGGUGGCUGGAGACAUUCUGAGGCACAGGGGUCUGGCAGAUGGCUGGCGGGGCUGGACAGUGGCUAUGAAGAACGGGGUCCAGUGGGCAGAGCUGGCAGGCCACGACUACGUGCUGGACCUGGUGUCAGACCUGGAGCUGCUCAGGGACUUCCCACGACAGAAGUCCUACUUCCUUGUGGGUGCAGAAGGGCCCGUGGCCGGCAGGGGAGGCCCAAGAGCGGUGUUUGGGAACAGCUGGGACUCAGACGAGGAUGCGCCCACAAGGCCCCAGGCACAGAGGCGUGUGCCCAAAGUGGCUGACUCCAGGGGGUACUGCAGCCACCAGGAGAACAGUACAAAUGGGGAGACUGAGGCCCGGAGAGGGACAACAACCCACCAAGACCUGGACAGCCUUGGAGAGCAUGCUGUGUCUCACAAGGGACUGGACUGCUACCUGGACAGCCUCUUCGACCCCGUGCUGUCCUACGGGGACGCGGACCUGGAGAAGCCAACUGCCAUUGCCUACCGCAUGAAAGGGGGAGGCCAGCCUGGUGGAGGUGGCAGUAGCAGCGCUGAAGACACCCCCAAGAGACCCCCAGAACCAAAGCCAAUCCCAGGCCUGGAUGCCUCCACGUUGGCUCUGCAACAAGCCUUCAUCCGUAAACAGGCCGUACUGCUGGCCAGGGAGAUGACCCUGCAGGCCAUGGCCCUCCAGCAGCAGCCCCUGGGGCCUGGCCCCAGGCCCCUUCCCCUAGAGAAACCUCUAGCACCAGAGGCAUGGCCACAGUCCAUUGGCACUGGGCCCCCAGCCAAACCCGUGCUACUGCGCUCUACCCCAAAGCCCUUGGUCCCAGCCCCACUGGCCAAGGCCCCGAGGCCCCCCACCAAGCCUGUGGCUGCCCCCAUUCUAACUCAGGACCAGGCUUCUCCAGAAACCACUCUACCCAGCACAGAGCUGGUCCGGUACUCAACACUCAACUCGGAGCACUUCCCACAGCCUACACAGCAAAUCAAGAACAUUGUCAGACAGUGCCGACAGCCACCCCUGGGAGGCCAGCCCCAGGCCCUCAGGAAGGAUGGUGGGCGUGUGUUCCUAAAGAGGCCGGACCCCCAUGAGGAAGCCCUGACGAUCCUGAAAGGGCGGAUGAGCCACAAGGUGGCAGCACCUAGCACCCAGGUGCCCAGAGAGGCUGUGGCCCUGGUGAAGCCAGUGACCAGCGCACCAAGGCCACCCAUGGGGUCCACUCCAGUGCUGCCUUCAAGGUCGCUGGAGCCUGAAGAGGAUCCUGUGCAGACGCAGCUACACCGCCUCCUCAACCCCAGCUUCUAUGGCUACCAGGACACCCCCUGGCAGAUCUUCCUGCGCAAAGAGGUAUUUUACCCAAAGGACGGCUACAGCCACCCUGUGCAGCUAGAUCUCCUGUUCCGGCAGAUCCUGCAUGACACAUUCUCUGAGGCCUGCCUACGCAUCUCUGAGGAUGAGAGGCUCAAGAUGAAGGCCCUGUUUGCCCAGAACCAGCUGGACAAGCAGCGGCCCCUGGUGACAGAGAGCGUGAAGCGGGCUGUGGUCAACGCUGCACGUGACAGCUGGGAGGUCUACUUCUCCCGCCUCUUCCCCGCCACGGGUAGCGUGGGCACUGGCGUGCAGCUCCUAGCUGUGUCCCACACAGGCAUCAAACUCCUGCAGAUGAUCAGGGGCAGCCGGGAGGCCAGUGGGCAGCUGCGGGUCCUGCGCAAGUACAGCUUUGCGGACAUCCUGUUUGUGACCAUCCCCUCCCAGAACAUGCUAGAGUUCAACUUAGCCAGUGAGAAGGUCAUCCUCUUCUCGGCCCGAGCUCACCAGGUCAAGACCCUGGUAGACGACUUCAUCCUGGAGCUGAAGAAGGACUCGGACUAUGUGGUUGCUGUGAGGAACUUCCUACCCGAGGACCCAUCGCUGCUGGCCUUCCACAAGGGCGACAUCAUCCACCUGCAGCCCCUAGAACCACCUCGAAUGGGCUACAGUGCCGGCUGUGUUGUCCGCAAGAAGGUCGUGUACCUGGAGGAGCUACAGCGCAGAGGCCCUGACUUCGGCUGGAGGUUCGGGACCAUCCAUGGGCGCAUGGGACGCUUCCCUUCUGAGCUGGUGCAGCCCGUGGCUGCCCCCGACUUCCUGCAGCUGCCUGCAGAGCCCAGCCGGCGUCUUGCUGCUGCCGUGGCUGCUUCCGUGGCCUGCACAGCUGCUGCCUGGGAGGUGGGCCGCAGGAGAGAGGGCUCCCUGACCAGGUCUGGCUCAGUUGACCAUGGGGAGGAUGGCCUGGCUCUCCCACCAUGCACAAUGCUGGAGUUUGCCCAGAAGUAUUUCCGAGACCCUCGGAGGAAGCCCCAGGAUGGCCUCAGGCUGAAAUCCAAGGAGGGCCGGGAGUCCAGAACCUUGGAGGACAUGCUUUGCUUCACCAAGACCCCGCUCCAGGAAUCCCUCAUCGAGCUCAGUGACAGCAGCCUCAACAAGAUGGCCACAGACAUGUUCCUAGCUGUCAUGCGGUUCAUGGGAGACGCCCCACUGAAGGGCCAGAACGAACUGGAUGUGCUUUGCACCCUCCUGCAGCUGUGCAGGGACCACGAGGUCAUGCAGGACGAAUGUUACUGCCAAGUGGUGAAGCAGAUCACAAACAACACCAGCACCAAGCAGGACAGCUGCCAGCGAGGCUGGAGGCUGCUGUACAUUGUAGCUGCCUACCAUGGCUGCUCUGAGGUCCUCCAGCCACACCUCCUUCACUUCCUCCAAGACGUGAGCCAGACCCCAGGCUUGCCGUUCCAGGGAAUUGCCAAGGCCUGUGAGCGGAACCUGCAGAAAACCUUGUGCUUUGGUGGCCGCCUGGAGCUCCCUAGCAGCAUGGAGCUUCGGGCCUUGCUGGCGGGCCGUACCUCCAAGAGGCAACUCUUUUUCCUCCCUGGGGGCCUCGAACGCCAUCUGAAAAUCAAAACAUGCACCGUGGCCCUGGAUGUGGUGAAGGAGAUUUGUGCUGAGAUGGCUCUGACACGCCCUGAGGCCUUUGAAGAGUAUGUCAUCUUUCUUGUCACCAACCAAGGCCAGCAUGUAUGCCCACUCAGCCGCUGCACCUACAUCCUGGAUGUGGCCUCAGAGAUGGAGCAGCUGGACGGCGGCUACAUGCUCUGGUUCCGGCGCGUGCUCUGGGAUCGGCCACUCAAGUUUGAGAACGAGCUAUAUGUGACCAUGCACUAUAACCAGGUGCUGCCGGACUACCUGAAGGGCCUCUUCAGCAGCGCACCAGCCUGCCGGCCCAGUGAACAACAGCUGCAGCAAGCAUCUAAGCUGGCUUCACUGCAGCACCGGGCCAAGGACCACGCCUACCCGCCCAGUGUACGGGAGGUCCAGGAGUAUGUCCCAGCCCAGCUUUACCACACCAUGGCUGGCUCAGCCUGGCUCAACUUGGUCAGCCAGCACCGGCAGCAGACGCAAGCACUCAGCCCCCACCAGGCCCGUGCCCAGUUUCUGGGCCUCCUCAGCGCCUCACCCAUGUUUGGCUCCUCCUUCUUCUUCGUCCAGAGCUGCAGCAACCUUGCUGUGCCAGCCCCCAGCAUCCUUGCUGUCAACCAGAAUGGCCUCAACUUCCUCAGCAUCGAGACCCACGAGCUGAUGGUGAAGUUCCCCCUGAAGGAGAUUCAGUCCACAUGGACCCAACGGCCCACAGCCAGCUCCAGCUACCCCUACGUGGAGAUCGUGCUGGGGGAUGUGGCCACCCAGUGCACCAUGCAGCUGCAGCUGGAGCAGGGCCUGGAGCUGUGUCGAGUGGUGGCUGUGCACGUGGAGAACCUGCUCAGUGCCAGGGAGAAGCAGCUCACACUGCCCCCAAGUGAGAUCACACUGCUCUGACCUGGCCCCCAGCCCUGCAGCUGCCUUCGGCCAGAAGGCUUGCUUUGUGGCCCCAGGGGAGUCACUGGGUCUCUCUGGGCCAGUGACCCCUAUAAGGGCCAAAACCUUGGAGGUGACCAAGAGGUGGCAGGAGGAAUGACCCAAGCCCCCAGGAACCCAAGACCCAUCUAGAGUUGGGAUGGAGUCAAAAUAUGCAAUCUUAGGUCAGAUAGCAGGAGGAACUUCCAAAGUCUGCCCCAUGGGGCCUCCCGCCACGUACACGCUGCAGGCCCUGCCCAACUCCCACCUGUGGCAGGGAAGCCACACACCUGGAUGAAUUGGAAUUUGCCUUUGGUUUGAUGGAUCUGAUGUUCAAAUUUGUUCCCCAUCUCAGCUCCUCACCUGUCCUACUUGGGUGCCUGCUGCACUGCCGUUCAGAUUGGAUUCAUGACCCUUGGUCAUUCCUGUGCAAAUCAAAGGUGCACCUAGCACCCAUUCCUCCAUGUAGUUGCUGGGUGGCUGGAAAACAAGUCUGAGAGAGGGGGCAGGAGUUGGAGGCCUAGUUGUGCCUGACUCACUGCCCAUGAACAGAACUUGUAGCAGAGACAUCUGUCCUUACCUCUCCCUGCAGGCCCAUGUCCCCUCUCCAUACUCUUUGGGUAGCCCCAAUCUGACCCCCAUCCCUGGAUGGGCCACACAAGGUUCAGCAGUGGUAUAGUGGAGAGAGACAUUUCAUGGCAGGGGCUGGGGAGGGAGGAGUCUGGGAAAGAGCUUCCCAGAGAAUAGGAUUUUGCUGUUCAGUUUGGAAGGAUGAGUAGUUUGCUAGGAAUAGGUGGAGUGGAGGGGAAUGGACAUUCCAGAGAAAAUUGUGUUUGUUCCCUAGUAUAUCGCCCAGAGCCUAGGACAAUGCCUAACACAAAGUAGCACUUGAAAAAUACUUGUCACAUGAAUAAAA